GUUACUGAGAGGUUUACCAGCCGCCUCUCUCUAAAUUAUUCCUCACAGUUAGCAGUAAUCAAUAGGGAGCCUUCAGUAGCAGGUCUCUAUGCCACAUGCUCGGAGCAACCAGCGCUGCCAGGAUUUUUCUACCAUACGUAAAAAAACGCGUCUAGAUCUCAUGGUUUACGGCUCAAGGUUAGGCCCUCGCGGUGUUGCGUAACACCCGCAGCACUUAACGGAUAAGGGCCUACGUUGUGGUGACUCUAUAAAACGAAUUGUAAUGCUAACCGUUAUAAGAUGAAGUGUAGCUGUAUGAGUGGACGGUCAGCAUGGAUAAGGCACAGGUAGCAUUGAGGAGUCUCCUGGUGUUCCUCUUGAUAUUUUGGCCCGGCCGGACUUCAGCUAAUAAACCCGCGGAGAAGGUGUUGGAGGGGACCGUCCGUUUGGAUACUAUCUCUUUCGCUGACGAGACAUCCUAUGCCACUGCUAAACGACAAGCAGCAGAGGCUGAGAAAUACAAAGACGAAAACAGUCGAAAUGUCUCCUUGUUACUGGACUCCUUCUUAGAAGGUUAUGACAAGAGACUUCGACCUAAUUAUAGAGGUAAAGAUCAGAAACCUGGUCCACCAGUUGAAGUGAAUGUGAGCAUGUGGGUACAGAGUGUCAGCUCAAUCUCAGAGGUGGAUAUGGAUUUUACCCUUGAUAUGUACUUCCGUCAGACUUGGACAGACCCCCGACUCCGCUUCACCGAAAUCAAUGAAGAGCUAUCUAUCUCAGCCGACAUGCUUCAGAAGAUAUGGUGGCCUGAUACCUUUUUUGCCAAUGCAAAAAGUGCCCAGUUCCACACGGCCACAACCAAGAAUGCAUUCCUUCGGAUCUCCCCUCAAGGGAACGUUCUCAACAGUCUCAGAUUGACAGUGACGGCGGGAUGUCCCAUGGAUCUCACCUAUUUCCCAAUGGACAGUCAGAAGUGUAGUCUUGAGAUUGAAAGCUUUGGCUACACAACGAAGGAUAUCAUUUACUUCUGGGCGAAAGACAAGUCACCGGUUGGCAUAGCAAGUGAUGUCCAGCUGCCGCAGUUCAAAGUCCAAGGUCACAAUGAAAUUGAACGAUUGAUUAUUCUCAGCACAGGAAAUUACUCGCGUCUUGCCUGUGAGCUAUUCUUCGAGCGAAGCAUGGGUUACUAUCUCAUCCAGAUCUACAUCCCAUCCACGCUGAUUGUGGUGCUGUCCUGGGUGUCGUUCUGGUUGUCUCGAGGGGCUGUGCCAGCCCGUGUCGCCCUUGGUAUCACCACCGUGCUCACCAUGACCACCCUCAUCUCCAGUACCAAUGCUUCCCUUCCUAAGAUUUCCUACCUUAAAAGUAUCGAUGUCUAUUUAGUGACGUGUUUCGUCAUGGUGUUUGCAUCGUUGCUUGAGUACGCCGCAGUCAGUUAUAUAGCAAAACGGUGUGCUCAAGCUGCUGCCGAUGCCAAGAAGGCAGCCGCUCUGGCUGCUGCUGCCUCAGGCAACAAGCCUCCCACACAGUCACAGCCCACCUGUGACGGCAUCCCACCAGAUCAGCGCACCAUUCCAGUCAGCCGCACAUUUACUGCAGAUGACCUCAAUAAUGGCAGCUUAUGGAGACGAAAACACUCGAAUCCAGAGCUUAGACACUCUUUCCCUACGGAAAUACGACUAUCAUCCGUACGGACCAAUUCCAAUUACCACGCUGAAUGCACAUUACUUCCACAACCUCCACCAGGAGUCAUGACUCCAUCGGACUCUUUCGAAUCGGAGGCGACCCGGCACCACAAGCUUCCUCACUGUCGAGAGUGCUGUAGUGUCAGACCGAGCACCAUUGACAAAUAUUCCCGCAUCUUCUUCCCGCUUGUUUUUAUUUGCUUCAACAUCAUGUACUGGGUGACAUAUCUGUACAUUAGUGUGGCGACUGAUGACAAACGAAAACCUACGUAGAGAAAUGCUGACAUGUAGGAUGAAUCAGAGUUGUGCCGGGCUCUGCUUCAACUUCUUGCUGUUUGGGCUGCGAUUCCUUAGUGUUAGGUUAACACAUAGUUUGUUUUCCUUCAAAGAAACAACUGCAACUGCAACUAUUGGAAAAGACGUUUGGUGUAGGGCACCAGUUGAUACGAAAUGAUUCCAAGACAAGUAAUCACUUGGUACAUACUUAAUCACACACAGUAAGAAUUUGAAAUAGUGCAAAGGUGGGAAUUGCGGAAGGCAAGUGAAGGGUGGGUUUGAUCAGAUAUUUUGUAAAGUUCAAGUCUUUCCUGAUGAUGUUAUGUAUGAAGACUUUGCUCAACACACUAUGGAAGAAUAGGAAAUGUGAACCUUCACUGCAGAGACAGUUAUUCUGGAGUGGAUACGAUAUCGUUUCAGUUAGUAGAGAACAUACUUUCACUCAACCGACAGGGGGUUGUCCAUGUGUUCCUUAUUCCUGGCUGUACCUAUAGUUCUGAGUGUGAAGGUAUACACAUGUCCCCAAGCGCAGACGAACAGUUUCCAUGCAAUAAGCUCAAACUAUGGGGAUGAACCGACCAAGGGGAAGCAGGUUUUGGACAUUUGCUUUGAAGUGCCUUUAGGAAAGUUAGCUUGUAGAGUGGCAUCAUCGUAUCCAAUGAGAGAUCAGGGUAUCAACACAUGGCCUUAUGCAUGCGCUUUAGGUCAUCAUAAGUGUCUGUUUUGUCACUUUUUGUUUCAAAUCUUUGCGUGAAUAUGGAUAAUCGUGGACCUGAUCCCAUUGUCCUUUCGUGCUAGAAAAGGAUUGCCCACAGCCAGUUCAUUUCAUGUGAGAAUAUGUAAUGUGUGACAUACCUAAUAAUAUAAUGUGGUUUAUACAUAAUACAAAAUAUCCCAAUAUCAGCUCUUUGUAAUGCGAAUCUUUCCUGUAAAGUAGGAUUCCUGCUAACUUGCUUCAUGUAUUGAAAGGGAAGUUUCUAACUGCUUGACGUCUACCACCAAAUAGACUUUGUGUAGAAACGAUGCGUUGCAACAACCUUGCCAUUGUCACUUCUUGAUGUAAAUACAUUGUAUCAACUGUUGAAGCUGAUAAGCCUUUAGACCUAGUUGCAUUUCCAUGAUGAAGUGAGAGGAUAUGCUUUUGUUGGACCAUCUUAGCUCGUGUGGAUGGCAGAGAUGAUUUGUAUGUUCCUGUUUGCUUGUGUUUGGGUCACUAUUGCUUCACAGCUUCAAAGACUGCAUACCUGUAUGUAACAUUCUCAUGGUGAAAACCUGUCAUGAUGUGUACAACUCCAGGCACGGAUGAGGCAUAUAACCGUAGACCGGACAUGUUCGCCCUAUCCCUGAAAGAUGUUGAUCUGGCGGUGUGAUUGAGAGUUUGAAUGCUGUGCUGUAGACUGUUGUGUAAAUGUGAAUGUGAUCACUCACUAUGGAAAUGCAAUGGAAAUUCCAGUUUUUACCAAGAAAGGUAAUGGGACAAUGGAGACUGGACAAAUCAAGAUGUGUCUGUCAGAGAUCAGACAGCCUCUUCGGAUCACUUUAUUCUCAUCAUGAAAAAGUCGACAUUCUUGAUGUUGAUUCGCUCUUUGUAAUCGUUCAUUUACUGUUGAACAUAGCAUCGAAACACAACGCUCUGUUUGUGGAAAAUUUGGGGGAACAUUGUCGAUAUAUGAUAGUUUAGGCUUGCUUCAUGAUCAUUCUAUUGAUGAUUGUGAGAUUUUUAUAGUGUAAAUAAGUCACGUACAUGGAAUGUAUAGAUUUUUUAUAAUGAUGUAUGUUAUGUGACAUUGAUCUGAGAUAGGUUUUAGAUCCUUGUUUUGUCUAUUAAAUAUCUCAUGUUUUUGUUUAAACUUGAUAGCUGGAUGUAAUAUGGGAAUAUUUUAGCAACAUUUUUUUCAAAAGCUUGUAUGUAACUUAUGGAACAAGUGUGACUUCCUAUUGUAAACAGAAACUUGAAAAUGAACAGAAGCUGUGGCUAUAGUAGCUGAAAGAUGCUUCACAGCUCAAGACAUGACUUGAUGUUGAGUAAAAGGCAAUACAUUCUGACCCGUUUGGUGUCAACCUUACUGAAUGAAUGGACUUAAGAUAUAUAACCUCUUUCGUUUAUUUCUCAUGUUCUGGUUGUAGGCAUAGCAAUGUUUAUUCAAACUGGUGGAAAGUCACUCCACAAUGUUUGUCUGCAGGUUGCCUUACUUCAUGUACAUAGUGUAAAAUAGGAUUCAUCCUGGUCGAAUGUACAUUUAAAUCAAAGAUGGGAUGUUUUAGAUGCUCAAUCAGAAAUCACCUGGCAUGGAGUCGCCAUGAUCAGAGAAUAGCCCCUCAGCAAAUUAAGAUUAUCAUAUCAACUUCAAGCAUGUCAUAUUUGGCUACAGAGUGACACAUACUAUUAGAUUUUAGUUCGUUGCCUCCAUAGACAUGAAUCGGGUUACUUCAGCGAACAGAGAAGGACUGAAGAAUUGAGAUGAGAGCAAUGGGCGCUAGCACUGGGCUCCACAACUUGUGGAUAGCAGAGUGUACAGCAGGCUGGUCAUGAACAUGCGUAUCACAGAGAGGCUUUGUGCCUCAACAGUUGUAUUUUUUCAUAUGUGAUUACCGAGACCAAUAUCUGCGAUUUCUUAUCUAUUGUUAUUUAUGUAUAGUUAUGGUGAUUGAUUUUAUUCUAAGUUUGAUUCUAUAAAAUGUAGUAUUUGUUAUCUAAGUAUAAUUUUUGUGCUAUUGGAACUUUACUUUUUAUUCUACAUUUUGUUUAAAUCAAAGUGGGCCAAAAUUUGGUUCUGACUAUCUUUAGUGUUUUUGGUAGAAAUACAUGGUUAACAAGCAUGUAAUUGACAAAUUAAAGGGAAUGAUAUGUAAUUGUUCCUUAUCGCUGUUGGUAAACGAAACCAUAAUCACUUCAAUUAAGACUUUAAUCUUAGUCGUAGUUAUCCGUUUAGUAUCUUGUGUAUCACCCUGAAGCUGUCAUAACGACCAGGAGCUGUUAGGUUGCGAAGUGAAUAUUGGCUUAUUCAUCGCUGUUCAUUUUAGGAUGGGGCAGGUGCGGCCUAUCGUUGUGUCACAAUGCCUCCUGGCGAAUUAUAUCUCGGUAAAAACAUGUACACAGGCGACAAUCAUUGGUGAUUGCAUCACACAUUACCUUUACCACGUAUUUUUAUAUUCAAACUCACUAUAUCAUCAAAGUGUAUAAUAUGAUCAAUAAAUCAUCUUUG